UGGUUUGAUAAUAUGUGGCACCGGGAACCCCGGCUAAAUUUCGCGCUCGCGCAAUGAAAGGUUCGGUGUGAUUUUUGUGUCGUCUCGCGAAAUUUAGCCGGAGUUUCCGGGGGGUAUGUACUGUGGUCUAGUACAGUACCAGAAGGACAAUAAUAUAACCUCGAAAUUACCAGCUGUUUUAUGUUCUUUAUGUUGAUUGUUGAGUGAUCAAGUGCUACCAGCUCUCAGCCAAUGCUCAAGAGAAAGUUGGUCUUUAUCUAUGAGCUAGUCCAGAUCAUGUAAUUGGCCGCACCACAGUACUUAUCUAUGGCGGCACGUUAAUUUAGAUGAAAAUUAUAAUGUCAGCUAGUAAAGUACACCAGUUAAACAAAGAGCAACUAUUUGCCUAUUUUCUAAACAGAAACUGAUUAAAAUAGUAUAGUUUCUGUAGUACCCUCAUUUUAGUGUGACUUGUGACGAAAAGUACAGUAGUUGUUUAAACUAUAUACUUUGUAGUAUAAUAUACUAGGUACUGAGUUUGACAACGUGUGUGGUUGAGUCAGCCUUAAAAAUAAACUAAAAAGCAAUUGACUUGAAGAUGGAAUCUAUUUCAGACGAAAAAAAAUUGAAAAAGGUUUUUAUACAUCUGCAUGCAUCAUCCACUUUGUUACUUGCUUGAUAUACAGAUUUAUCAUUUUCCUAUACGAGUUGGGUCACAGUUGUUCAAGAUAUGGAAAUGAUAAUAUCGAAAUAUUGAAAAGAGCCUUUUACUUUGACUAUAAAGUAUAUUGUCUUGUGACGCCAUGUACCUUUCACAUGGUAUAUUACCUAUCGAAUUAUGGUUUACCAACUCUUGAGGACAAGCUCUGGUUCUGCGUGAUACCAUUUAUUUUUCUGUUGCAUCGCAUUAUAGAUUUGGAAGAAUUUCCUAUCAAAGACUCAUUAUGGAUUGCAAAACAUACUGGAUUAGACUACGGUUCUGGAAUGGCAUACUCGUUUUUUUAUGGAUAUUUAAAUUAUAUGUUAAACAAAAUAGGGGAUCCGGGUAAAAAUCUUCAUGAUAUGAUGAAAGAGUACGAAUCGGCAAAUCGAGUUCGUUUUGCAGUUUAUAAAAUUUUCAUCCUAAUACCCAAGUCUUUGACAUGUUUUGAAAGUGUUAAGAAUGGUUCUACGUUGAUGGAAAUGCGAAGUACACUACUGGAGAAAAAAAUUACCAUUGCUGGAAUUAGAGAACGAAUUUAUAAACAUGCAGUAUAUAGCAUCAAACCUGAUCCCGAACUAGAUGGGCAUGUUUAUGUGUGUUGCGAAUUUGCUACCCCUUUAAAAACAUUUAAAGAAGUAUUGGAACGUAGCACACCACAUACAGAGUUCUAUAAGCAACAUAAAAAUGACAUUUUACUGCAGUUCUAUGUGACGUUGAAAGCUAUUUUGAAGAUGAAUAAAGUGGAUGCGAUGUGUGAGCUAGUCUAUUAUGAAGAAGCACAGUUAGCCGGACACUUAGACGCUAUGAAGAUACUGGUCAAGUGAACAGCAGACCUCGAAGUGGUCGUCACGUUACCACCCUACGAGAAGAUCGCUAUAUUUCCCAAUCAGCCCGUAGAGAGCACUCAGUCACCUUACCGGCAUUAAAAUCUCAGUUCCAGAGAACGUAUAACCGUGUGAUAUCCAGUGCUACUAUCCGCAGAAUACUUUUACAAUCAGGAUUGCGGUCCAGAAUGCCUUUAAGAGUUCCUUUGUUAUCUCAUCGCCACCGAAGGGUCCGUUUACAAUGGGCACAAAAUCAUUAAAACUGGCGAUUGGCAGAGUGGAGGAAUCGCGAUUUGGAUUGUUGAGCGAUGAUUACCGAGUAAGAGUUUGGAGAGAAGCAGGACGCCGAAGUAGGCUUCAUACUGCCGUUGCAGUUGCUACAUAUCGAGGUGGAACACAAAUGUUUUGGCGGGGUUAACACAUGUUAAAUAGAAGGAUCCCACUUAUUCACAUAUCGGGGUCGAUGACAGGUGCAUAUUACCUUGCAAAUGUUAUUAUUCAUAGAAUUAUACCCCUAGAUGAUGUAUUAGGGGACCAGUUCAUCUUUAUGGAUGAUAAUGCUAGGCCACAUCGCACCAGAGCUGUUCAAGAAGUAUUAGAAAACCGAAACAUCACAAGAUUCGAUUGGCCGGCUAUGUUACCUGACAUGAAUCCCAUCCAACACGUCUGGGAUUAUGUAUCAAGAGCCAUUUUCAAUCGGAAUAAUCCUCCAAGAAAUGCCCAAGAACUUAUUAUUGCUGCUACAGAGGAAUAGGAAAAUAUCCCUCAGGAAGUAAUCAAUAAUUUGAUUAUUGGAAUGGAUAGACGUGUGAAUGCGUUUUUAAGAAGUAGACGCUCAAAUACUGCAUUUUUUAUUUUUAAAAUGUUUGCGUCCGGACUAUAAUUUUCUUUUUAUAACUGAUAAUUCGUUGAAAUUAAAUUAAUUUUGCCGUUUUUUAGAAGCUUUUAAUCUAGAUUUAACACCGGGGUCUGCAAGGUUUUACAAAAUUUUAAAGUGUCCAAAUAACUAAGGGGGUGCAAGACUUUUGAAAGCGAAUGUAUUUUAGGCAUCGCUCCAGCUGUGUAAGCAAAUAGAAGUAGCUUUAAGGUUGAAUCUCAAUAUGCGCUCAGCUGGCAGUACGGUCAUGAUGCGCUCACGGUCAAUAAUUUUGGCUAGUGUCCAUAUUAUCCAGUCCAUCAAUGGAUAAGGUCCAACAAUUCACUAUUGCCUUCAGGAUUGUUCUCUGAUAUUGGCUAAAGUACACCCGAGACGUUGGGCGAAAAAAAAUACUGGUCUUCGUCCGCAAACCGUUGACCGAAAACCCGACUUUUCUCGUAACAUCUUCUGCCGCGUCCAGACUUACUGAGCCGAACCUGAUACGCGUCAAAUUUCUUUAAUGUUUUGUGAAAACGCCGACAGAAAAUGGAUCGUUUGUUGGUGUUUUGAGGCAUCAUCAAAGCAAUUUGCGCGCACCAGGCUUGGCUCGUCUGGUCUGGACGCACCAUUAGACAUAUCAGUAGUACGAUCACUAACAGGCUGUCCAUCUAAUUGAAUAAAUUAUAUUUGUUUUAGACAUGGAUGAAAAUAAUCGUUACUAUGACGUAGGAAGAAUUAUUUUACAGAAGAUAGUUGAAAUAAAGAAGAAUGCAUGACUUAUUUAA